AUGUUUUCUCAAAAAUUGCUUGCAAAUGGUAAAUUAUUAAGUAAAUUAGCAAUUGUUAGUGGUGUUGUAGGUACAGCAACAGCAAUUACUACAUCAACAACUCUUUUAUCAGAUGAUUUUGUUCAACCAACCUCAUACCCAUGGGAACAUCGUUUCCCAUGGCAAUCAUAUGAUCACGCAGCAAUUCGUCGUGGUCAUCAAGUUUACACUCAAGUCUGUAGCACAUGUCACAGUUUAAAUUUAAUUUCUUAUCGUCAUUUAGCAAAUGUUGCAUAUACCCCAGAGGAAUUGAAAGCAAUGGCUGCUGAUACCACCGUUAUGGAUGGUCCAGAUUCUGAAGGUGAUAUGUUUGAACGUAAAGGUCAAGUCACCGAUUUCCAUCCAAAACCAUACCCAAAUUCAAACGCAGCUCGUUUCGCAAACAAUGGUGCCCUCCCACCAGAUCUUUCAUUAGUUAUUAAAGCCCGUGGUGCCCAUGAGGAUUAUGUAUUCUCAUUAUUAACUGGUUAUUGUGAACCACCAGCUGGUGUACGUGUUGUUGGUGGUCAAUACUUUAAUCCAUACUUCCCAGGUACUAAAAUUGCUAUGGCCCCACCACUUGCUGAUGGUAUGGUCGAAUAUGAUGAUGGUACUGAUAACUCGAUGUCACAAAUGGCAAAGGAUGUUUCCACUUUCCUUUGUUGGGCAUCUGAACCAGAACAUGACGAUAGAAAGAAAUUAGGUAUGAAAGUUCUCCUUGGUGUUUCCAUCAUUGCUCUCCCACUUUUCUACUGGAAGAGAUUAAAAUGGAGUGUUAUCAAAACAAGAAAGAUUUCAUUCAAAGAUUAA